CUCUGAUUGGACGAUCCGUAGACAUGUCUUCGUACGUCAAAAAUGAUCAACAACUCCUUCUUCCAACUCGUAUUUUACAUAGAAAUUGCUACCUGAGAAAAGACAACUCACUUUCUGAUUAGACUUGGUGAUAAAAUGAUGGAUUCUAAAAGUCUCCCUAACUUCUAAACUGCACUGAAAAAAGCUGGUGGCCCGCACUCAAAGUCAAUGUUCGUCCUCCUCAAAAAGAACAUCAGGCUGUUUAGGAUGGGGGGUUCUGGUGUUGGCAGGAGCUUAACAAAUCUUGCUAAGUAUAGUAUAAGUGUCUCACAGUGAGUUGGUCUUAAACUUGAACCAGCUUGUACAAACAAAUACAGAAAGUCUCAACAAUCAUCUGAUGGAGAACAGUGAGAAAAUCCUGUCUGGGUCCGGGUUUGGAUCGGGGUCCGGGGAGGUGGAUCUGGACCCCGACAUUGUGAGUGAGGAGGCCGGAAAACUUUACUCAGAACUACAAACAGUUAUCGAGACUCAUGGUGAGGGAGUGGUGGAGCCCCUGGUACCCAUAUUUGUUUGGGUCCUGGAGGGUCUGGCUACAUCCAAAGCCCAGCUGAGGGAAAAGGAGGAGGAGGCAGAGAGGGAGAAAGCGGAGCGAGAGGAGUUGUUUGAGCGAUACCAUGCAGAAAAAAUAUUGAGGAAAGAAAGCCAAGAGAGAUAUUUGGAGCUCGAUGACCAAAUUGAGCAGGAGAGGCGAGCCAUGAGGGGCCGGGAAAAAGAGCGGGAACGACGAGAAAGAGAUCUAGAGAAGAAAGCAAGACAACAAGCUGACCAGUUGGUCGCCUUGGAGGAGCAGAAGGCACAUCUAAGUAAAGAGCUGAGUACUUUAAGAAAUACUCACAACAAGUUGAAUCAAGCAUACCGGGAACUUAUGGAAAAGAGGAAGGACUCUGAAAGGGAUUCCCCUUUAAGGAAUCAUGUGCGUCAGAAGAAUGCUGACUUUUCAUCCCACCAAGUGUCAGAAUGCAUUGUUAAUGAAAAGAUCAUCCGAAGAGCCCAUUCAAACUCGGGUCCUCCACAUCUGGAAGAUCUGGUCGCUGCAGAAGAAAAAGUGACUGACGUUGCAUCAAAGAAUUCCCUUGAUCAGUUAGUCUCAGACAUUAUAAGCUCCACCCCUGAACUGACACAGUUACACGACUUUAUUAAAUCCAGCACCCCAGUUCGACCUGAUGAUGAAGAGCCUCUACAAAAUGAUUUGGAGAGCAGUUUGAAGGUCGAGAUAAGGGAAGAGAAGGAGCCUGAAGCAGAAGAAGGGCCUGGAGAAAAGAAGCAGGAGAAUGACCAAGAGGAGGAGGAGGAGGAGGCUGGUGAAGAUGACAGCAUGGAGUGGGAUCUCCGUAACACGGACUCUGUGUUCUCUGAAUUGUCAGAGCUGAGUCAGGAUUAUGUGCAGAGUGUAGACCGUGGAGCUAGUGUUCGAGGUGAUUCAGACCAGUCGGAGGGGAUUUUAGCUCUGUAUGAGGACCUGAAAGUCAUCCAUGAUCAGGCUGAAACGGCCCGAAAGGCCCUGUUGUCUCGGGUCGUGGAGCUGACUGAUGACCGCUCGGCUCUCAUGAUGGAGGUGGCCACUCUUCAGGAAACCCUUUCACGGUUGGAGGGGCGGAUGAAGGAGAAGGAGGAGGAGCUUAAGAGACUGCGGAGAGAACUGGAAGAAUACCAAUCUGAAGAUCCUGACGCUUCUCUGCCCAGCUCCAUGCGCCACUUCUCUCGUUCAGAAAUGGCCCGUGUGGUCAUGGAGAAGAACCAGUAUAAGCAGCGUCUGUUCGAGUUGCAGGAAGCUGUCAGACAAAGUCAGACCCUAAGAGCUACAAAAGAGAGGUUUACAGAGGACAAAAGGUCAAGUGUUUGGAGAAAAUUCAACCGGUUGUUUGGCCUGUCAAAGGAACCGUUAGGAUCACCUACUACUUCUAAGUUGGUCCAGCCAGCGUCUCCAUCUGUCAAACACUCUGUCAUGGUAUCUCCUCAAAAAACAUCAGUCAGUCGAACUCAGGCUGACAGCAUUUUUUCUAGAUCUGCUUCUCCUGCUGUUGUUUCACCACGUGUCAGGAGGAGGGAACUCUACCGAGAAAUCCGCUCGUACAUUUGGGGGAAUCUGGGAAAGCGGCAAAUUCAUGGCUGGAGUACACCUCUGGCACACACACAGGAGUCUGAUGAACCUGUGCCAGAACCCAAAGAUGUGCCGGUUCUAGUUCAGCUCAGACUGCUGGAUCAAAGGGACUCCACUGCCAAGUUGAAUUGUGCCGUUGCAGUCCCACCAGAGAUCUCAGGAGGGACCACAUGUUCUGUGUGGGUAGUUUCUGGCCCCGCCUCCUGCAGUGAUAUUACAGUGAUUGAUCCAGCUCGGUCCAACACAGUACUGGAUCAGUUCAGCCUCCCCCCCACUGCCCCCGUCCUCUGCAUCUGUGCUGUGCCUCCCAUAGGUAACUCUGCGGGCUCUGUCUGGAUUGGAACUCAGGAAGGAAGUAUUCUGAUACACGCCGCCGCCGCUGACCGGAGGAGCUGUCUGCAGUCAGUCUGUCUUUCAGAGGGUGUUCAUUCACUCACGUAUUUCAGCAGUCAGGUCAUAGCUGGUUUAGCUGACGGGACUUUGGCGUUUUUCUCUCACACUCCAGAGGGCUGGAAUCUGUUGUCACACUCUGUGGUGCCUCUCGGAGUCAAUCCCCUGCAGCCCAUUCGCUGCUGCCUUGCCAAAGCUGGCCGUCUGUGGGUGGGAUACUGGAACAAGGUUCAUGUGGUCGACACUGACACCAAGAAGGUGGAGCAAGUAUUCUCCGUGUCGGAGCGCAGUGAACAGCAGGUACGCUUCCUGUGUGCGGCGGGAAGUGGAGUUUGGAUAUCCUGUCGACUUGAUCCAAUCCUCAGGCUGUUCGAUUGGUCCAGUGGGCGACCGCUACAAGAAGUCGAUUUUUCUGCUUUGGUUACAAAAGCAUUAGGCCAGUCUUUCCUGACACUCUCACCUCUCCAGAUCUCUUCUCUCACUGUCAUCUCUGGUCGUCUGUGGGUGGGCACGGGAGGCGGCGCCAUUUUCUCUGUUCCCUUGUCGAUAACAUCAGAGGCUGUCUCCAUCCCGUACUGCUCCACUGCCUCAGCCCUGCUGUCAUACCACGGCCACAGACAGUCUGUUAGAUUCAUCAUUUCUGCACCUGGUUGUUUGAUUACAUCACCCGGCAGCAGCCAAAUGACUUGCUCUCAGCUCAUUCUCAGUGGAGGAGAAGGCUACAUCAAUUUCCGAAUUGGAGACGAUGGAAGUGAGGAGCAGACCGAGACGUCCCAGAACAAACCUCCACGCUCUGAGCGCAGUCACAUGAUCAUCUGGCAGAAUCCCACUCCUCCUGUGCCCAGUCCAGCACUCUAACAGCUAUCAUCUCCAAGUUCUGAACUCGUGGAGUAACUCAAAGGAAAAAUGUCACCAGACAGGGAACUUGAGCUGUCAUGGAAUUUAAGGCAUUUCAGUGUGACAGCAGUACAAGCAUUUAUGUAAAGAAAAUGUUUGCAGUUUAUACUUGUUUACCUCAUUUGUUUUUUACCGUCUGUGUUUUGACUGGACUUUUUUCUGGUGGAUGAUGGACAGUAAGGUCAAUCUGAGACUUCAGUGUUUUGACAUUUGUCAGUAAUUGGCCACCGGGGGCAUAUUGCACUAUUGAGGUAUCAAAUUUAACUCAUUACUAUCUAGUAGAUAUUGUAGAAGAGUUCAAAAAGACAUCUUGAAUCUUUUGUUGAAAUAGCUGGACUAAAUGCUUCUGUGGGCAUUCUUACCUAUAAACUGGAACGACUCUAGAUCCUUUAACAUAAAUGCAGUCAGGCACUUUAUUGUCUCCCAAUUUAAGCUGGUGAGAACUUAUGUGUGUUCUGUGGAAUCUCUACAAUAGCUCUUUUAAUAUUAAGUACCUAUAUCUUUAACAUUUGUGGAAAAAUUACAUCCAACAUAUCACUUCUCAAACUAAACAAAGGCAUUUUUUGUUUAUCUGUUGUCUUCUGUCUUCAUGAAAUGUUUGAGGGAAUUAUUGUUUCAUGUUAAAUUUGAAGUCUUAUAUUGAUGUCUAUGAAUUUAAGGGGCAGACCCUGGACAGUAUUUGGUGCAAAAUGAUGUUCAAAUCAGAUGUGUUUGUCUGUCUUUAUUCUUAUCGAAAAGUACGGGUUUUGAAUAAAUCUUCGACAAAUGUGA